AUCAGUGACAAAAAUAGUUUUUAGUGACAUCUACGUGGAUUUAGAAAACAGGUCCACUGGGUUCCUCUGGUUUAUCCAUUCAUUACUAAAGACGAGAGAGAGACUGAACGGAAGUCUGGAGUUGUUAGAGUGAGAGAUAGGCUCCUUAGGUUUGCUUUCACCUUCUUUAUAAGGAACACUUGGAGACAGUAUGCUUUCGCUUUCGCAUUCGAACAUGAUGAUGCGGAAAAGCACAGUCGCAGCUUCUGCUUCUUGUGCUUUUCAGCUUCUUCAACAGCGACAAAUGGAAACGGGUACUUUUCCUAAAUUCCCUUCUUUCUUAUUCUUCAUUCACCAGCACUUCACUACUUCUACAGCUUCUAUCACCAAUAUUAGCCCUUCCUCCAUAACAAAUGGUGGGUUUUGUAGUAACUAUAACAAUCUUCAUGGUGUUGCCGAUGCCGUUGCUUCUUUCAACCAGUUGCUUAGCAUUCGUCCAUUGCCACCCGUUGUGGUGUUUAACAAGUUAUUAGGGUCCCUUGUGAAAAAGAAACAUUACUCUACUGUAAUUUCCCUCUGCAAACAAAUGGAUUUGUCAAAUAUCAGACCUAAUGUUUAUACUCUUACCAUUUUGAUUAACUGCCUCUGCCACUCCAACCGUGAUCAUGUUCACUUUGCUUUCUCUGCUCUGGGUAAAAUGUUCAAACUUGGUCUUCAACCUACUCAUGUCACUUUCGGCACCCUACUUAACGGCCUUUGCUCUAAGGCCAAAAUCAUCGAUGCUGUAAAAUUAUUUGAUGAGAUGGGAAAGAUGGGUUUUGCACCUAGUUUGAUUACUUAUACUACUAUAAUUAAAGGUUUAUGCAAAACCGGCCACACGACCAAUGCACUUCAGUUGCUCAAGAAGAUGGAAGAAAAAGGUUGUAAGCCAGAUGUGGUGGCAUAUAAUACAGUCAUAGAUAGCCUUUGUAAAGAUAGACGGGUCAAUGAAGCCAUGGAUUUGUUUUCUGAAAUGGCGGAUCAGGGCAUUACACCAAAUGUUGUUACCUACAGCUCAAUUCUGCACGGUUUUUGCAAUUUGGGUCAGUUGAAUGAAGCAACAAGCUUGUUCAAACAAAUGAUUGGAAGGAAUGUUAUGCCAAAUACGGUGACAUUCACUAUUUUGGUUGAUGGACUCUGCAAAGAAGGGAUGAUUUUAGAAGCUCGGCGUGUCUUUGAAAUGAUGACUGAAAACGGUGUAGAACCAGAUGCUUACACCUACAGUGCUUUGAUGGACGGAUACUGUUUACAAAGCCAAAUGGAUGAGGCCCAAAAAUUGUUCGACAUCAUGGCUGGCAAGGGUUUUGCACCUAGUGUUCGGGUUUACAACAUACUAAUCAAUGGGCACUGUAAGAGUAGAAGGCUGAAUGAGGCGAAAACACUCCUUUCUGAAAUGUAUGACAGAGAUUUGACUCCCGAUACUGUCACUUACAGUACUCUUAUGCAAGGUUUUUGCCAAGCAGGGAGACCUCAGGUUGCACAGAAGCUUUUUAAGGAAAUGUGUUCUCAUGGCCUGCUUCCAGAUUCGAUUACUUAUUCGAUUUUGCUAGAUGGCUUAUGCAAACAUGGACAUUUGGAUGAGGCAUUCGGGCUGCUCAAGGCAAUGCAGGAGAGCAAGAUAGAACCGCAUAUUUGCAUUUAUAAUAUCCUUAUUCAAGGGAUGUGCAAUUUUGGCAAGCUUGAAGCUGCAAGGGAACUGUUCUCCAAUCUUUUUGUUAAAGGAAUACAACCUACUGUGGUUACAUAUACUGUCAUGAUCAGUGGACUUCUGAAAGAAGGACUAUCAAAUGAAGCAUGUGAGUUGUUUAGGAAGAUGGUAGUUAAUGGCUGCUUGCCGAAUAGUUGCACUUAUAACGUUGCAAUCCAAGGAUUUCUUCGAAAUGGUGACCCAUCAAAUGCAGUACGACUAAUUGAAGAAAUGGUUGGUAGAGGAUUCUCUGCAGAUUCGUCUACAUUUCAGAUGUUAUUGGAUCUGGAAUCCAAUGAUGAAAUCAUAAGUCAAUUUAUGCGUCGAAGCUCUUAAGAAUUACAUGAAAGUGUGCACCUGAUGCUCUUGAUCUUGUGCAACUAGCCAUGUCCGCACCAGGUUAUGCUGGAACUGAUUUCUUUGACUUUGUUUAUAAAGCUGGUGUUUCACUGUGGAGUGAAUUACUUACCAGAGAGAGUGAUAUAUCCAGAGAGUAGAUUUCAAACAUAUGCAGCAGUUGCGGAAGCUACUUGGUUGCCAUCACCAUGGCUGAUUUGAGAUGUUCCAGAGCUGCAUGCAUCCGUUUGAAGUUUUGUUUUUAACUACAAUCAUCUGUGCUGAUAUGAUGCUGCACAUUCGCAAGAAGCAGCUAAGGCAAUUCAACUCUCAUUGAGAAGAGAAGGAUUUUUUUUCCCCUUUCUAAUGUAAAAUGGGAAGAUUGUGGCCAGUUUGACACUGCAAGGAUGGAGUUUUACCUUAAUCUAAUUCAGCACAUUAAAUAUUCCAAGCCCUGUCAGCCAUCAAGUUACUUGAGUUUAUGAUUCUGGUACUGUUAUGGCUUGAUGGGAUCUUAUGUCUCCAAUGCUCAGUGAUUAAGUUUCGGCUCUCUUCAUUUCAAUAUAUUAUAUAUUUUCCCAAGAAACACAACUCUAUAACAUGAAAUCUCAUUCUUUUAUUUCUUGGGUUUAUUUCACUUGUUUGGUUUACAACGGUUGUAUAGUUUUCACUUUCCAGGCCGAUUUCCAAGAACUGUAGAAUUACCAAAAUAUUUUGGACUGUUUGAUUUCAAUUAUCAAAUAGGAGUUGCUUGUU